GAAUGCUGGUGAUCGACCUCACAGACCUUCGCUGCUAAAUUCCGUUUACCCAGAAUGGACUGGAGGCGCUUUCGUUGCAAGAUCUUGCCUUUUUGUUUUGUUUGGAAGCCUCAGAGCCUGUUGCUGCAGUUGUUCCUCGUCCACCAGCUGUCGAACAUCUUCUCGGACGCCUUCAUCCUAGAUGGCUCCCCUACUUCCUUUGCGCAAUUCCCGAGGUGGCACGCUGGUCUCAACGGCACUCUUUCCUUGAGGUUCCGGACCCGGGAACCCAACGGACUCCUCCUGUACACCGACGAUGGCAGCACCUUCGAUUUCUUCGAGGUGAAGCUCGUCGAAGGGAAUGCGAGGUUGAGGUUCAACCUUGGCGGUGGCGCUGCCAUCAUCUCUGCUGGGAAGAAUCUGCAUGACAGUCAAUGGCACACAUUGAAGAUCACCCGUAAUGCAGAAGAGACUAUACUGACUGUCGACGAUGAUGUCCAAAAACGCCUCACCGCCGGUCCCGACUACCUCUUCGGCAACGCUACCACGAACGGGGCGGUCUUCAUCGGAGGUUUGCCUCAGUGGUACGGGUCCAAGCUCGCACUUCCUUCGGCUUUCUAUGAACCCAGCUCGUAG